AUGAAACCUUGGGAAGUGGGCCAGCAGUGUGGCAAUGGCUACUGCCACGAAGGCUACAAGUGUGCUAAUGUUGCAACCAAGGUCUGCCCAGAAGGGGUGAAAUGUGGCAACCAGCUUUGCGAUCCUGGAUACAAGUGCCUGGAGGAGGACAACUGCAAGGAUGUGCCAUACACAACGCCUGUUUGUGCUGAUGAGGAGGUUGGAGUUUGCUACAAGCCCCCGGGUUAUUCAGCACCUGCCACUGCCAGUGCAAAAGCUGUUGCAGUGUCCAACGGGGGCUCCGCCCACGCCUCAGCCAAGGCAGUCGCGAAGUCUGGAUCUCCAGGCUAUGGCCCCCCCAAGCCUGCAUGCAAGACCAUCUGGAAGUGCAAAGAUGUGCCAUGUGGCGACGGCUACUGCGAGGCUGGUACUGCCUGCCACGUGGAGGUGAUCCCCUGCAGGCCACACAAGGAGCACGACGACGGAGACGACUGA